AUGGUGUCACCUCUCUGGAAAGCCUGCUUCGACGGCGACAUCGAAAAGGUCAAUGAGCUGCUGCGGGAGCCAUCCAUUGACAUCGAGCUCAAAGACCAUACAGGCGUCACUCCUCUCAUUGUUGCCGUUCGUAAUGGUCACUAUGACGUGGUCAAAGCUCUGCUGGAAAGAGGCGCAGACCCUCUCAAUGGCUCGAGCCAAGCCAGACCCGACCAGUACACGUCAGAUCCUGCCAUUCUGGACCUUCUUAACUACGCCCAAAAUAAAGUGACACCAAACGGCGUCGCCACCCACGAGGUUGCUUAUAGUCAAGACGCGAGUCAUGAUGCCGACAAAGCCUAUUAUCCUUCUCCUCCCCCGUCUGGUCCCUAUUCUUACUAUCCUACGAUUAAUCCAGCCCUCUCCGCCGUGGGUGAGGGUGGUGUCUACUACCCUCCAGCUCCACCCCAGUCAGCCGGUGAGAUGGCCUCCGUCAAUAAUAUAGGCAACCUUCCACCGCCAGAAAUUGCAAGGUUGAUUCCUUGCAGAUAUUUUCCUGCUUGCCGUUAUGGUGUGCAAUGUCUUUUUGCUCAUCCACAACCCACGUAUUACCAAGGGUCUGUGCCUCCCUCAAUCCCGUAUCCGGGCUAUGAUCCGAUGGGUGCUCCUUACGCCCCACCGUACUACCCUGUAGCCCAAUCAUACCAUCAACAAAACGGUGUGCAUCCCAUGUCUCCCGUUUCUCCCCCUCCCUCUGGUCCCCACAUGAUGCAUAGUAGGUCAGCUUCCGAGGUUUUAUCACCCUCACAGGCCCAUUUUAGUCCCAAUGGCUUAACGCCAUCCGUACCUUACGGCUCACUCCCACCAUCUGGCUACCCUCACACGCCUAUCCCCAUGUCACUUCCCCCACCACCCCAUCUGCAUCACCAGUCACAUCCACCCCCUGCACCUCAGUCUCCUCCCAAUAUGUAUCAUAACCCCUCAGCUGCCCCUCCUUUUGUUGUACAUCAAGAUGCCCCUGGUCAGUAUUCACAGUUACCAAAUCCUGUGAACUACCAAGACAUAGAUGGCACCAUAAAAUCACCGCCAAGCAAUGGUCAAACAGACACAUAUCCACCACAACCUGUGCAUCGGGAUGGUGUUGGCCAUCAUCGUCGGGGCACAGGUGCUCGUCGAGGUACCUUUGCCAGUCGGAAACCCCCGUGCUCGUUCUUCCCCUCUGGACGAUGCAAGAACGGGGAUGAUUGUCGGUUCCCUCAUCUGAUGCCUGAUAACUCGGGUCCACAUCAUCACAAUUCCUAUUUCGCUGGCAGGGGUGCUGCAUCCCGAUCCCGUGGGAGUAUCAAUGGUGUUGCCACCGUUGCAGAAAAGCUGGAAGGUCUGACGUUCCGAAAUGAUUCAUCUCAUACUAGCGUGAGCGACGGAUCAAGUGAUCCUGUAUCCCGCCCAAAAUUCCAACAGGGCGUUAAGCAUCACAAUGUGGGCAUUAAUAAUGCCCAUGGUAACAAAAAAUUUGCAUAUGUGAAGCCGCAGCGCGUUCCCAACGCUGACGAAUUCCCUGUGCUUGCGGGGUCCACAACACCUCCCUCUCGUGGCUCAGGACACCAUUCUAAUGGAACCGGGCACUCCGGCCCCACGGCAGCUCAAGUCUUGCAGGCUCCUCCUCCGGCACGCAAAGAGGGUAGCAAGGAGUCGAGCACUCGAGGUGCAACGCCGGAUCCCGUUCCCGUGAAGGGCAAGCCGGAAGUAAAUGGUUCUUCCAAUCAGCCUGUUGUUGCAUCGGAGCCCUCUGCCCAUAAGCUCCCCCUCUCUUUCGCGGCAAUCACAACUGCUGCGGCAGAGGGCCCUAAGGAAGUGUCCGUUCCUGCGUAA